AUGAUGGUAAAAGGAAAACUGUUGGGAAAUGAGAAAAGUGAAAGAAAACAUGAAAAAGUUUUCAGGGUUUUCCAAUUAAUAUUUUUCAACUUCAGUCAUGUUAAGAAUUAUGUUACACAAUCGAAAAAAAGAAUUGAAGAAAAAUGUUUUUCUUCUUUGCUGUCCAAUGCUCAUAAUAUUGAUAUCCAACGUCAUUUAUUGGAGACUUUAAGGGGGUUUCCUAUAUCAAUGCUUAAUGAUUCAAAAGAAAGAGAAGAAAUUGCGAAAUUAAAUAAAAAAGCUCCUAGUACAUUCUUACACUAUGGUGAUAGUGCUCUUGAUAACACUUACUUUCUAUACACUCAAGAUAGCAUAGGCUGUAAACGGAAUAUCACUCUCAACUCGAUAAUUAGGAAGGAAAAAUCGCAAACCCUGCUAAGAUCAAAUGAUAAUUUUUAA